GAGUGGUGGAGACACAGUGGGGCUGAGAUUUCAGAUUGCAUUUCUUCUCUGGAUAUCCUCCCUUGCUGGGACACUGAGGGCUUUUAGAUCGCACUGCAUCGUGGAAUUGCUGAUAUUUAAAGCAAGAUGUACACCAUCCGAAGUCUGCCAACAAUGAGAUACAGAGAGCUGGCUGAGGAAGAUGGGAUUGAGGACAUGACACAGCUGGAAGAGCUCAGUGAAGGUGCUGUGUUGUUAAAUUUGAAGAAAAGGUUUGGCCAGGAGCUGAUUUAUACAUACAUUGGCAGUAUCCUGGUGGCUGUAAACCCUUACAAGAUGUUUAACAUCUAUGGAACAGACAUGGUGCUGCAGUAUGAGGGACACGCACUGGGAGAGAACCCCCCGCAUCUUUUUGCUAUUGCAAAUAUCUCUUACACAACGAUGAUGGAUGCCAAACAGAAUCAGUGCAUUAUUAUCAGUGGGGAAAGUGGCUCAGGCAAGACAGAAGCUACAAAACUUGUUCUGCGAUACUUAACAGCGAUACAUCACAAGCGAAAUAUCACACAACAGAUCCUUGAAGCAACUCCCCUCCUAGAAUCGUUUGGAAAUGCCAAAACAGUCCGGAAUGAUAACUCAAGUCGGUUUGGGAAAUACGUGGAAAUUUUUUUGGAGGAGGGUGUGAUCAGCGGUGCCAUAACCUCACAGUAUCUACUUGAGAAGUCUAGGAUUGUAUUUCAGGCCAAACAUGAAAGAAAUUAUCACAUUUUCUACGAGAUGCUUGCAGGCCUUCCUUCCCCACAGCGGCAGUCAUUCUACCUUCAGGAGGCAGAAACCUACUAUUACCUCAAUCAGGGUGGUGACUGUGAGAUCCCAGGGAAGAGUGAUGGGGAGGACUUCCACAGGCUGCUCAAUGCCAUGGAGAUCCUCAGCUUCAGCACUGAAGACCAGAACAGUAUCUUCAGGAUUCUGUCCUCUAUUCUGCACCUUGGGAAUGUGUUCUUUGAGAGAUACGAGACUGAUUCCCAGGAGGUGGCGUCAGUAGUGAGUGCUCAGGAAAUUCGUGUGGUGGCUGAAUUGCUCCAGAUCUCACCAGAAGCACUGCAGAAAUCUAUCACCUUCAAAGUAACGGAAACAAUGAGAGAGAAGAUAUACACUCCUCUGACAGUAGAAAGUGCAGUUGAUGCCAGAGAUGCAGUUGCCAAGAUCUUGUACUCCCUUCUGUUCAACUGGCUCACAGACAGGAUAAACGGGGUGGUUUAUCCAAGAAAUGACACCCUGUCUAUCUCCAUUCUUGACAUUUAUGGAUUUGAGGACCUUACAUUCAACAGCUUUGAACAGCUCUGUAUCAAUUAUGCAAAUGAGUACCUGCAGUUCUUUUUCAAUAAGAUUGUAUUCAAGGAGGAGCAGGAUGAGUACAUUAGAGAGCAGGUCAGCUGGAAUGAAGUGACUUACAGUGACAAUCAGCCCUGUAUUGAUCUCAUUGCCUCAAAGCCCCAUGGGAUACUUAAAAUCCUAGACGAUCAGAGCAGCUUCCCUCAGGCCACGGACCACACCUUUCUUCAGAAGUGUCACUAUCAUCACGGCAACAAUCCUCUCUAUGCAAAGCCAAAGAUGCCCCUGCCUGAGUUCACCAUAAAGCACUAUGCAGGAAAAGUCACUUACCAGGUUCACAAGUUCCUGGAUAAAAAUUAUGAUGUGCUGCGCCAGGAUGUUCUUGAUCUCUUUAUUCAGAGCAAAAAUAGGAUGGUGGCAAACCUCUUCAGGAACCAUGCUGAAUUCCUGGGCCAGCAAAAGUCCUACCUGAGGAAGAACAGCACAGUGACACGCCGCUACCAGGCCUCCACAGUGGCUGCCAAGUUCCAACAGUCCCUCCUGGAGCUGGUGGAGAAGAUGGAGAGGUGCAACCCAUUUUUUGUGCGCUGUAUAAAGCCAAACAAUAACAAGGAUCCUGAUGUGUUUGACAUGGAGUUGGUCAGCACCCAGUUACGCUACUCUGGAAUCUUAGAAACUAUUCGCAUCAGGAAGGAAGGAUACCCUGUCAGAGUGCCCUUUGAAAUCUUCCUCAACAGGUAUAAGGCCCUGUUGGGUCUACAACAAACCCCUCCAGCUGAUGGAGAGAACUGCGUCAUCAUGCUGAAGAAGUUAUGCCCGGUUAAAAAAGAGGCCUAUCAGGUGGGAGUCACCAAGCUCUUUAUGAAAGAGGACCUGCACCAGCUUCUGGAAAGCAAGAGAGACCGUGUGAGGCAUGUGGCGGCCAUCACUCUGCAGCGGUAUGCUCGCAUGUUCUUCGCCCGAAGGAACUUUCUGGUUUUCCGCAUGAAGAUCAUUCGAUUCGAGGCCCACUGUCGUGGUUUUCUUACCAGAAAACGCUACUUGAAGAUGAGACAAAGCUUGAUCAAGUUCCGCUCUUUCGUCCUCCUGUACAUCAAUCGCAAGAGAUACAUCCAGACAAGGCUGGAGACUCUGAGACAGGCAGAAGAAGAAAGGAUGAGAAUUGAAAUGGAGCUGUCAAGACGAGAAGUGGUCAAUGUCACUCACUUGGCCAUUCCUGCAGAGCUUGGAGGGUUAUUACAAGCAACAGCAGCGGGCAGAGAGCUUCACUCAGAGUGCCUUGCUCUGGUUCAGGCACCAAAGAUACAGGUAGAAUCUGAGCUCACACUGCCUCUCGACAUCAACAAUUACCCCAUGUCCAGAUUUGUCCAGGCUCAGUUCAGGGAGCCAAAGUUUGGAAUGUUGACUGCCCCAUUAGGAAUGUCUCUCACACAUGUGGAUGAGGAUCUAAGUCAGGAGGCGCUCAGCAUCUUCAUAAUGAUUUUAAGGUUCAUGGGUGACCCUCAUCUCAAUGGAGCUCAGGAGAACCUGUUUGGCAAUUACAUCAUCCAGAAGGGGCUCUCCACACCAGGACUGCGAGAUGAAAUCUUGUCUCAAAUUGCCAAUCAAGUCUGGAAGAACAAUAACUUAGUCAACUCAGAGAGAGGGUGGCUGCUCAUGUCAGCCUGUCUGAGUGCAUUUGCCCCAUCAGAGAAAAUGGAUAAGUAUCUUCUAAAGUAUGUCUCAGACUAUGCCUACAAUGGCUACAAAGCUGUGUGCCAACACAGGCUCAUCCAGGCCAUGCAGAAGUCCAAAUAUGGACCGGAAACAGCUAGGACAUAUCCACUGUCUCUGCUGGAGUGGACUGCCAACAGGAAGAGAGCAAACAUGGUGUUACAAGUGCACUGCUUUGAUGGGGCAUCCUUCCUAUGUCCUCUGCACUCAUGGACCUGUGGGGAAGACCUGUCUGGGGACAUACUACAGCACAGGGGGGUGACAGAGGGCUGGAGAGGUUGGUCCAUCCUCAUGAAGGAACAUGGCCAGUGGGUAGAGCUGGAAGGACACGAUUACGUCAUGGACCUCAUCUCUGACAUGGAGCUGCUGACCGACUUCCCCAAGCAGAAAUCGUACUUCAUCAUCUCCUCUGAGGACCCCUACAGGACCCGGCCCAAUGCCACCAUUAGUCUCUUCGGGAGUGGGUUUGAGUCAGAUGAGGACAGCCCCCUGGCCCACGCCAUGAGGCGCCCAGCCAUGCCUAGCUCCAGCCUUCCCGACUCAGAUGGGUACUACAGCCACGUGGAGGCAGACAGCCUCAGUGAAGGUCCCAUACAGAAGGGCAUGGACCGGUACCUCGACAGCCUCUUUGACCCAGUGCUGUCCUACGGCAAUGGGGACCUGGAGAGACCAGCCAGCAUGUCCAACAGGAUGAAGGGGGGUGGAGGGAUUGGAAGGGGUGACAGUGAUAGGCAGCCAGGUGCCAGUGGGCCUUACUCCUCGGGGUGGCAGUCUGGCGCAGUGCCAGUGCUGCCGAUGGUAGGAGGAGUCAUGCCAGGAAUACCACCGAUGCCAGUAGUGCCUGUUAUGCCAGUGAUGCCCAAUGUGCCAGCCGUACCCGAUGUGCCAGGUGCAGAACAGACUGUACUGGCACAACAGCAGCAAGCCAUUAUCAAUCAACAAGCAAUAAUUAUGGCUCAGCAGAUGACUAUGCAGGCCAUGGCCAUGGUCACCAGUCCAAUGACAAGCCCGCUGACCAGCCCACCCACCAGCCCACUGGUUAGCCCAUAUGCCAGCUACCCUGCCAGCCCCUACACCAGCCACCCCACCAGCCCCCAGGUUCAGCGAAACCCUCCCAAGAGUUUGACUCCUCUGCCUCGAGCCAGCACAACCACACCAACCAAUCCAGCAGGAAAAGGCAGCCUUUCCCGCAAGCAGGCCCCUGCUCCACCUGUGAAAAAAGCCUCCCCACACAAAACUGUUCCCUCCCCGGGCCCAAGUCACACAGUGCCACCGGAGGACGUGGUGAAAUCUUCCACCACCAACUCAGAGCACAUAAUGCCAAGCCACAACAUCAAGGACAUCAUCAAACAGUACCAGACACCUCCCCCAGCCCAACCCCCAGAGAUAAAAAAGAAGGAGGGGAAGGUGUUUGUUAAGAAGAUGGACCCCCACGAUGAAGCCAUGAUGAUCUUAAAAGGACAGAUGAGUGCUCAGCCACCCCCUAAGCAGCAGAAUAAGCCCCCUGCCCCUGCUGCAGCUCCAGUGAAGGAAGAGAAGCCGGCUGCUGGAGGGAUGAAACCAGCCCGGAGCAGCAUUGCCAGGAAACCUCAGGCCCCAACGCCAGUGGGUCUCCAGAGGGGCCCUGGCCCUGCACCCCCACCAGUGUCUAGGGAGCUCCCAGUGGAGGAGGAGACCAUACAGACCCAGCUGCACCGGAGGAGCAGUGAGGAGCACUACACCUACACAAACGUGCCCUGGAAGAUGUACCUGAGGAAGGAGGUUUUCUACCCAAAGGACAGCUUUAACAAUCCACUAGUUAUGGAUCUCAUAUUUAAGCAGAUAGUCAAUGACACUUUUUCAGAGGCAUGCAUACGCAUCACCAAAGAGGAAAGGCUGAAAAUGAAAUCUCUGUUUGCGGAACAUCAAAUCGAGCCAAGCUCAGUCGCCCACGAUGAGACCGUGAAGAAGAAGAUUGUCACUGCCGCCAGGGAUUCCUGGGAGAUUUACUUCUCACGACUGUUCCCAGCAUCUGGGAGUGUGGGUACUGGGGUCCAGGUCCUAGCUGUAUCACACAGAGGGAUCAAACUUCUGAAGAUGGUAAAGAGCAGUGCUACUGCCCCAGAUUACUUCAGAGUCUUGCGGCCUUACAGCUACACAGAUAUCAUGUUUGUCACAAUCCCUUCAAAGAACAUGCUGGAGUUCAAUCUGAACAAUGAGAAGCUCAUCUUGUUUUCUGCUAAAGCUCCACAUGUCAAAAAUAUGGUUGACUACUUCAUCACAGAGCUAAAAAAGGAUUCAGACUAUGUGGUUGCAGUACGAAAUUAUAUCACAGAUGACAGGACUCUUCUGAGCUUCCAUAAGGGCGACAUCAUCAGACUGCAGAUUAUGGAGGGCCUCCAAGAAGGCCACUACUAUGGCUGCAUUGUAAGAAAGAAGGUGAUCUUCCUGGAGGAAUUAAAAAAAGAUACACCUGACUUUGGCUGGAAGUUUGGGGCGAUCCACGGCCGCUCAGGGAUCUUUCCCGCGGAGUUUGUCCAGCCCGUAGCUGCUCCAGACUUCAUCAGCUUGCCCACGAACAGGAAAGAAGAGCCCAGGAACAAGCAGGGCCGGGUGGCUGCAUCUGCAGCCGUGGCUGUGGCUGUGGGUUCAGCCAUGGCGGCCCAUGAGCUGGAUCGUACCAUUGAGGUGGCACCCACUGGCAAUGAAUUCACAGAUGAUUAUGGUGACUAUAGUAGCAUGGACAUAGAAGAGAAGAUGCUGCAAGGCAGCCAGUAUAAUCUAGUAGAGUUUGCCAAGAAAUACUUCAGAGAGGCCCAGAGGAAGAAGAGUGAUUCAUAUAAACAGAAGUCAAAGAAAGGCAAGGAUUCCAGAGAGCCAUCUGACAUGGUGAAAUACACCAAGUCUCCAAUUCAGGAGUCGUUGAUAGACUUCACCGAUGAAAACAUGAACAAAGUGGCAGCAGACAUUUUCCUGGCUGUGAUGAGGUUCAUGGGAGACUCUCCUCUCAGAGGCCAGACAGAGCAAGAUGCCGUCUGCACAUUUCUGAAGCUCAUUGGAGAAUAUGGACUGAUGAAGGAUGAGGCUUACUGCCAGGUCCUUAAGCAGAUUACCGCCAACACCAGCUCAAAAGCAGACAGCUGCCAGAGGGGCUGGAGGCUGCUGUAUAUUCUCACUGCAUAUUACCGCUGCUCUGAGGUGCUGAAGCCCUUCGUGUUCAAGUACCUGCAGGAUGUCUGCAGGAGCCCAGGAGUACUCUUCCAAGGCAUUGCUAAAGCCUGCGAACAGAACCUGAGGAAGACCUUUCAGUACGGUGGGCGGAGCGUAUUCCCCAACAGUAUGGAGCUGAAGGCCAUGAUGGCUGGCCGAAGCUCCAAGCGGCAGCUGUUCCUUCUCCCGGGAGGAAUUGAGCGUCACCUUAAAAUCAAAACAUGUUCAAUUUCUCUUGAUGUCAUUGAGGAGCUGUGUUACGAGAUGGCCCUGCAAAGGCUUGAAGCCAUGGAUGAAUAUGCCAUUUUUGUGGUCACAACCAGAGGUCAGAAUGUCCGCCCACUAAACAAGAGGGAGUACAUCCUGGAUAUUGCCACAGAGGCUGAACAAAUCGACAGUAACUACAGCUUCUGGUUCAGAAGGGUGAUCUGGUCCCAACCGUUAAAGUUUGACAAUGAGCUCUGCGUCACUGUGCAUUACAAUCAGGUGCUUCCAGACUACCUGAAGGCCCUGCUCAACGUUCUCCCCCAGGGGAAGGUCAGCGAGCAGCUGUUACAGCAGGUCUCCAAGCUGGCUGCCUUACAACACCGCGCCAAGGACAGCAUUUACCUCCCUACCAUGCGCGAGGCUCAGGACUGCAUCCCUCCUCAGCUGUAUGGGCAGCAGCGGCCACAGCAGUGGUUGAACAUGGUGACACAGCACAUGCAGCAGGUUCAGGCCCUGAGCCCUCACCAGGCCAGAGCACAGUUCCUGGGGCUGGUCAGUGCCUUCCCCAUGUUUGGCUCCUCCUUCUUCUACAUCCAGAGCAGCAGCAACAGCUCUAUUGUGGCCCCUUGUUUACUGGCUAUCAAUCAGAAUGGACUGAAUUUCCUCAAUAAAGACACCCAUGAGCUUAUGGUGAAGUUCCCGCUGAAGGAAGUGCAGUCCACUCGUACACAGAGGCCCUCGGCAGGGUCCAGCUUUCCAUACGUUGAGAUCAUGCUGGGGGACCUGAUGUCUCAGCGCAAAACACAGCUCCAGCUUGAGCAGGGCCUGGAACUGUGUCGUGUUAUUGCCAUGCACAUGGAUAACCUGCUCUCAGUACGGGAGAAAAGACUGACUCUGCCCCCUAGCGAAAUUACCCUGCUUUAAAAUGGCCUCCUCCGGUAAAGGGUUGAGCCACACAAACAGCCCCCCCCCCCCCAAAAAAAAAAAAAAAAAAA